UACGGAGCGAUCACCUUGGACGAGAGAGACUCGCGAAGAAGACAGAAGACAUUUUCGGAGCAGACAAAUAUAAACAUUAUUAGGCAGAAUUGGUGGAACGAUCGUAAACGAGUGAUAGAGAGAGAGAGAGGAAGGGGGAGAGAAAGAGGAAAGAGAGGGGGGUCGAAAGGGCGAGAGUGAAGACGGGCUCUGGCAGCCCGAGUGUGCGUGGCAGGAGAGUAGAGCGGAAGAAGAGAAGAAAGAGAUUUCGGUGAUUUUCCGUUGGUCCGGAGAGCGCACGCUCGCGAAGGAAGAGAGGAAAACGGGAAGGAAGCUCGUGGCGUAGGAGCUGCGUGCCGCGAGGACGCGGAAGCGGGGCCGUGCACGGGGUCUCUUUCCUAGCGCGUGUCGCAUAUCCCCCGGGGGCGGCGCGAAAUUAUGAAGCGCAUAAAGUGCGUCCUACUGGCCGCCGCAGCUGCCGCUUGUGAUUGUGAUAGUCGCCGGUGAAUGUGUGACCCGGGGGCAGCAGAGAUCCGCCGGGAUGACGACCGAAGGGACGACCGUGCAGCCCCCGGUAGACGACGAGUGCCUCAAGGAGCGGAAAUGGUGGUGCUUCCUCCUGUCGAGCAUCUUCACCUUCCUCGCCGGGCUGCUGAUCGUGCUCCUCUGGCGUGCGUUCGCCUUCCUCUGCUGUCGCAAGGAGCCCGAGCUCUCUCCAAAUGACCCGAAGCAGAAGGAGCAGAAAACGGCCCGCCAGGGCAAGGAGUUCGAGGGGACUUUUAUGACCGAGGCCAAGGACUGGGCCGGCGAGCUGAUUUCCGGACAGACCACCACCGGACGUAUCCUGGUGGUGUUAGUUUUCAUUCUCAGUAUAGCAUCGCUUAUAAUAUACUUCAUCGAUGCCUCCAGCGAUGGUGGAGCGUUGUCAGCGGUGGAGCGUUGCCAGAAGUGGAGCAACAACAUUACUCAGCAGAUAGACUUAGCUUUCAAUAUAUUUUUUAUGGUCUACUUUUUUAUACGCUUUAUCGCCGCCAGUGACAAGCUGUGGUUCAUGUUGGAGAUGUAUUCGUUCGUGGACUACUUUACGAUACCACCGUCCUUCGUGUCGAUAUAUCUCGAUCGGACGUGGAUCGGACUGAGGUUCCUCCGAGCCCUACGACUGAUGACGGUCCCUGACAUCCUCCAGUACCUUAACAUUCUAAAGACAUCGAGCUCUAUUCGUCUCGCCCAACUCGUAUCCAUCUUCAUUUCGGUAUGGUUAACCGCUGCUGGCAUCAUUCAUUUGCUUGAAAACUCAGGGGACCCUUUCGAGUUCACGAACCCACAGCAUCUUUCAUACUGGACCUGUGUGUACUUUCUGAUCGUGACGAUGUCCACGGUAGGAUAUGGCGACGUUUACUGCCAGACGGUCCUCGGCCGCACAUUCCUAGUAUUUUUUCUACUUGUCGGUUUGGCCAUAUUCGCCAGUUGUAUCCCUGAGAUAAUUGACCUGAUCGGGACGCGAAACAAGUACGGCGGCACUUUGAAGAACGAGCGAGGUCGCAGACAUAUUGUCGUGUGCGGCCACAUCACCUACGAAUCGGUCUCGCACUUUCUCAAGGAUUUCCUACACGAGGAUCGCGAGGACGUCGACGUAGAAGUUGUCUUCUUGCACAGGAAAGAGCCGGACCUCGAAUUGGAGGGUCUCCUGAAGAGGCAUUACACGACCGUGGAGUUUUUUCAGGGCACCAUGAUGAAUGCCGUGGAUCUGGAGCGCGUCAAGGUACACGAGGCGGACGCGUGCUUGGUGCUGGCGAACAAGUACUGCCAGGACCCGGACGCGGAAGACGCGGCGAACAUCAUGCGCGUCAUCUCCAUCAAGAACUACUCGGAUGACAUUCGCGUUAUCAUACAAUUAAUGCAGUAUCACAACAAGGCCUACUUACUAAACAUUCCAUCGUGGGACUGGAAGCAGGGUGACGACGUUAUAUGCCUGGCGGAGUUGAAACUAGGUUUCAUCGCGCAGUCCUGCCUCGCGCCUGGAUUCAGCACAAUGAUGGCCAAUCUCUUCGCGAUGCGUUCCUUUAAGACGAAAUGGUUGGUUGAUUGGUACCAGUCGCCCGAUAUGCAGGCUUGGCAGAAUGACUACCUGCGUGGAACCGGAAUGGAGAUGUACACCGAGACACUGAGCCCUACCUUCAUUGGAAUGCCCUUUGCGAAAGCCACUGAGUUGUGCUUCACGAAACUGAAGCUUUUGCUGCUGGCCAUCGAGAUAAAAGGCGAAGCAGGAGGCUCCGACAGUAAAAUCUCGAUUAACCCACGUGGUGCCAAGAUCGCUGCAAAUACUCAGGGAUUCUUCAUUGCUCAAUCUGCUGACGAAGUUAAGCGGGCGUGGUUCUAUUGCAAAGCAUGCCACGACGAGAUUAAAGACGAGACUCUGAUCAAGAAGUGCAAGUGCAAAAAUUAUGUGGGGAUGAUGAUGAUGCAGACUGGCAUGGUGAAGGGAAACACUGCCUACAGCAGUUACCUCGACGUGGCCACAUUCCGGAAAGGCGUGCGAGCUGUUCAGAUGGUUGGAAGAGCAAGUGAAGACCCCUCGUACGCAAACGACCACCAUCCUCCCCCCACAUUCACUCCGCCAGAACUGCCCAAGAUGGUUCACGUAAGAGGUGAAAUCAGCCGCGAACGAGACGAUCCGAAUGCCAUGAGAAAUCACCGAAACUCCAUCGGGAUGACCAUGAUAAAUUCGACGAAGCAGGUCAACAAGGUGAAACCGAACGUGAAUCGAGCGACGAACGACAGUCUGUCCAGCCCGAAUCAGCCGUAUAAUCAGAGAUCGCAAGAGGAGUCCGCAUACGCUGGCUACCAUCUCGCCUACGAAGUCAAAAAGCUCAUGCCAACGAGCAGAGCCUCGGGUGGCACGAACGUUAACAACAACGGCGGUCUUCAGGUCGGGAUCGCUGACGAUCAAGCGAAAGAUUUUGAUUUCGAGAAGACCGAGAUGAAGUACGACUCGACGGGGAUGUUCCAUUGGAGCCCCUCCCGUAAUCUCGAAGACUGCAUACUGGAUCGUAAUCAGGCGGCGAUGACAGUUCUCAACGGGCACGUCGUCGUCUGCCUGUUCGCCGAUCCCGACUCGCCUCUCAUCGGACUGAGGAACCUUGUCAUGCCAUUACGAGCUUCCAAUUUUCAUUACCACGAGCUUAAACACGUAGUGAUAGUUGGAUCGGUGGAUUACAUACGCCGCGAGUGGAAGAUGCUGCAGAAUCUACCGAAGAUAUCGGUUCUAAAUGGUUCACCAUUAAGUAGAGCCGAUUUGCGUGCCGUUAACGUGAAUCUGUGCGACAUGUGUUGCAUCCUGUCGGCUAAAGUGCCUAGCAAUGAUGACCCCACCCUCGCCGACAAGGAGGCCAUCCUUGCAUCCCUCAAUAUCAAGGCCAUGACUUUCGACGAUACAAUCGGCGUGCUUAGCCAAGCAGAUAAUGAACAAGGUAAUUUGACCGCAGUUGGCAGCCCAAUCGUCUUGCAGCGACGGGGAUCCGUUUAUGGAGCGAAUGUGCCAAUGAUCACAGAGCUUGUGAAUGAUAGCAACGUACAGUUCCUUGACCAGGACGACGACGAUGACCCAGACACGGAACUCUACCUCACUCAACCUUUCGCCUGUGGUACUGCCUUUGCAGUCAGCGUAUUGGAUUCCCUCAUGUCAACGACGUACUUCAACCAAAAUGCGCUGACUCUGAUCCGGUCACUGAUCACCGGUGGAGCUACGCCCGAGUUGGAACUGAUCCUGGCUGAAGGGGCAGGCUUAAGGGGAGGGUACAGUACGGCAGAUAGCCUGGCUAAUAGGGAUCGGUGUCGUGUUGGUCAGAUCGCGUUGUACGACGGGCCAUUGGCUCAGUAUGGCGAGGGAGGCAAGUACGGUGACCUCUUUGUCGCAGCAUUAAAGUCGUACGGAAUGCUGUGCAUUGGUCUGUACAGGUACAGGUUUCGAGACACUAGCUCGUCGUGCGACGCCUCUUCCAAGCGAUACGUGAUCACAAAUCCACCCGAUGACUUCACAUUAUUGCCCACAGAUCAGGUUUUUGUGCUGAUGCAAUUCGACCCGGGUCUUGAAUACAGGCCGAGCAGAGGUGCCCGAGGCAAGGACGACUCCUCCUGAUUGUUGCUGUGUAGCGCCCUCACCGAUGGACCAUAUUCUUACAUCUAAUCAUGCAUUAGAAACCAUCGUGCAGUCCGUCGUCCCUACAACUGUCCUGUCUCCGUCGACGAACACCGCUGUCUGAUGUCGCGCAUUAUCAACGAGUUAUCGCGAGUUAUCGUUCACAAAAGGCGGAUUGCAACCCAUACCCAUUUCCUUCGAUUGACCGAUGCAUACAGCGACAAGUGCAUAGCAAACAACGCUUAUUCGCCGAUUCGAUCACUCCUAUAAAAAGUUUUACCUCGUUCGCCCCGCACGGAAGUCGUUUUCACCGAGUCAUCGAAUAUCUCGAGAGUGAUGCGCUCGAUCGUCGGAACGAGGACUCGGGAGAAAAGAAGCCUAAUGAACGAGUUAUCGUAGAGAAGCGAGAAAACGAGGAGGAGGAUGAUGAGGAAGGAUGUGCGAGAUUAAGGAGGACAAUGGAAGGGGCAACGGAAAAUGGCAUGAUGCUAUGCGGUCCGAGGGUAGCUACACAUCUCUCUUUCUUUAUUCGAGCUAAUCAUCUUCGUUCGAAGGUGACGCUAUAAGGACUGAAUUAGACAUUUCGCAAAGCGUAACACUGUGUUAUCGAGCCCCCCUAUCGAUCCUUUGCGGCUAGGGAAGAGGAAGGUGGACGGGAGAAAGGACACCAUAGCUUAAAGUUCUAACACGUGGCUUAGCCUCGACGAGCGCUGUGGAAUUGCAGUAUCCUGCGCGGUGGAACGGAAGAACAAUCGCAGUCACAAGUAUAAUCUCCGGUUUCCCCCUUUUUUUUUCCGGCACGUGUUAAUGUAUAUAAUACGUAAACCCAGCGAACACCGUCGUUCAACGUGCUGUAAGAGGGCGACGAGACGACGGGAGGAGGGGGAGAAGCGCAGCAAACCGGACACGAUCUCCCGAUGUCGGUGUCACUCAUCGGGAGUCUCCUCUCGUCCCGAUCUCGCGUCGGACUCUCGUGGACGGUGCCGGACUACUACGCGCAACCCUUACCUCGUGUGUCUUGUUUUACGACUAAUGAAACCGAAAAGAAGAAAAAAUCUCAAUCAAGUACUUUCUACAGGCUCUAUAUAUAUAUAUAUAUAUAUAUUAAUAUAUAUAUGUAUAUAUACGUAUACAUAUAUAUAUAGAUUAAAAUACGGUAAAAAAAACCCUUUUCCACACAACUUUAAGUAUAAAUCGUCUAUAUAUCGGGUAUAUAUACAUUAUAGGUAUAUAUGCACAUAUAUAUAUGUAUACACAUAGAC